UUGCCUCACAACUCUUCUUUCAGUUCUCUGUAUUUCCAUUUCUUUCUUAAAUUUACCAAUACUUCUUAUCAUUUUUUUAAGCAUAUUUUUCUCUAAACAUAAAUUGUUUGUUGCACUGUAUGUUUGAAGGAGAAAAUUUGAAUUAUUAUCAGCAGAGAAAAAACAAUGGAGAAUCAAAAUUAUGCACCGGCCCAUUCAGACCCGUCGCGGCCUUCACUUGGGUUCCCUCUGGGAACUGCGCUUCUAUUGCUAAUAAUAUUCAGCUUGAGUGGUAUCUUCUCUUGCUGCUACCAUUGGGACAAGCUUCGAUCUCUCCGUCGAUCCUUCGCCAACAGCACAGAUCUCGAAGCCGGCGGAGACCCUUCAUAUUUGAAAUCUAAACGAGCAUACAUGAACUGUAAGCAAAACCAAAUCUCAGACAUGCCAGCAGUGUUAAUGCCUGGAGAUCAAGUACCCAAGUUUAUAGCAUUGCCAUGUCCAUGUCAGCCUCCUCGACCGGACAAGGUACUUGCAGAGGUUCAGCAGCAGCCGUCAUCUCCAAUGAAGCCACCUCCUCAUACACCAGUACGGGCAGUGGCAGAGGCAGAGGCAGAGGAUGUAACUUUCACUCAAAUUCGUAGUACUUUUUACUUGUAACUAUAAAUUAAAUUUAAAUCCGCAAUUUUCUAGUACAUUUUUACUCUUUUUGAGACUUGGAUGUGGUAUAUAAAAAAUCUUUUAUGGUGAUUGUAGUAAAUAGUGAAGUGUGUGCAAACAAAAUCUUACAUUUGUAUCUAAAAAGAAAAUAAGGUGCAAGGAUAUUUUUAAAAGUAUAAGACUUUUUGACAGAAUGGUAUGGAUUGGAUUUGAUCCCAAAGUGUAAUAAUCACAGCAUGUUAAGUUUGUGUUUGAUGCAAGUUGUAGCUAGGGGUGUAGGUUCAGUAUUCAGUUUGAAAUUAUUAAAGUUUAACGUGGUAAUUGAUAAAUUAAAUUUUGAUUUUAUAUAGUA